AUGAACUUGUUUUUAUAGUUUUUUAAAAAUUAUUUUAUUAAAAAUAAUGGGAAGAGCCUUUGGAAAAAGGGAAGUGCAAGUAUUAUAAUAGAAUUUCGAGAUUUUUAGAUAUUUCAGGUAAAACAAGUAUCAUUAAUGCUCUGAAAAAUGAGAAAAAUGCAUCUGCUGCACCUACAGUUGGUUUUAAAAAAGAUUCUUUAGAGAAAUUUAAUUUCAAUUUUUAAUUCUCUGAUAUGAGUGGACAAAAUUAAUAUAGAGGGAUGUGGUAAUACUAUUUAACAAAAGUAUAGAAAAUUGAUAUGAAUAGAUUGAUGGUUUAAUAUUUGUGAUUGAUUCAUCCGAUAAAAUUAGAUUUGGUAUAGCCCUUGAUGAAUUAAAAUUAUUAUUUGAGAUUCCUGAAUUUAAUAAAAAUCUUCCAAUACUUGUAUAUGUGUAUGUUUUGGAGGUAGUGAAAAAAACUGGAGUAGAAAAAAAGAUAAAAUCCUCUUUUCUUUAGGGUAUAACAUCUAAAUUUAAUUAUUACUCAGUCAAAUAUUAAGUUCAUUACUCAAAAUAGUUCGGAAUUUGUUGA